AUGACUUCAACAAAAAAAGAAGACGAAGAAAAAUUUGCACUUAUCUUUCGUGCUAUACAUGAUCUAUUUAAAAAAAAGGAAAUCCUAUCAUUAGUAGAUAAAAAUGAUCAAUAUAAAAUUCGUGAACAAAUUGAAAUUGGCUUAAAAGAUCACGUCAAAAAAAUUCGUCAACAAUAUAAAUUAAAAGAUCAAGAAAAAUUCGAGAAAUCAGUAUAUACAUUAUUUAAUGCAAUAAAGAUGAAAAUAAAAUCUGAUGGAAUGAUGCUUGAGAUGAAUAAUCCAAUGCCAUACAAUUUUCAUGAGCAAUCUGGACCAAACAUAGGUGAUCCAUAUGAACAAUUACCUCUACAUCAUCUAAAAGCAGAAGCUGCAGGAGGGGAUUCUAAUGAAAAGCAUAUGGAAUAUAUUGAAGGUAGUUAUUUUUUUAAAUUGGUCAUUUUUUUUCCUUCAGAUAUAAUUGAUAAACAAUCAAUAAUUACUUCAUGUUUAAAUCAAGCAUACGGACCAGGUAAUGGAAAAACUCGUGGUACACCAUCAUUUUUGUUUUCAUUAUAUAAAGGUGAACCAUGGACAACAAAACGACAUCCAUUUUCAGCAUCAAAUCAUAAUUCAAAUAGUUUACCAUAUGAACAACAACAAAAUAUGCAAUAUUAA